AUGCCCGAAAAUGAAAAGGAAUAUGAUCUAAUGAGUAACCGGGAUGCGCAGCUUAGGGACGAAUCGCAGUCUCCGUUGCUCUCGCCCUCAGAGGAUACUGACCAGAUCCUACCCUAUCCGCCUGCAACUAUCUCGACCCCGAACCGUCCUGCAUCCGACAAUCGCCCAUCUCCGCAACGCCAGUCUUCCAUAGUUCGUCCUCCUACCGAGGGGCAACGUCGUACUCCACGGACAACAAAUAGAGUGCAUUUUGAUUUAGACCUUGAGGGCCAUGACGAUGAUUCUAUCGCAAACGGCCGCGCUCGUAGCUCGGACGACGAUGCGUUAUGGCUGGACGACGACGAUUAUGAGCUCAGCGAUCAAGGAAGAUCAGGCGUGCGCAACUCAGGGCAGACAAUUCCGCUACUCACCGACAUCGAGGCCCCAAGUGUGACAUUGGCAACUUCUGAGGACUUUUUCCCUGAGGAUCAUCUGGAAAGCGCCCGUCCAAGGAGCGGAUUGAACAUGGCCUUCAUGAAUAUGGCCAACAGUAUCAUUGGGGCCGGGAUCAUUGGGCAACCAUACGCACUGCGACAAGCUGGAUUGGCCACGGGGAUACUGUUGCUCACGGUCUUGACCGUGACCGUGGACUGGACCAUCCGUCUCAUUGUCAUCAAUUCCAAGAUGAGCGGCGCAGAUUCUUUCCAAGCUACCAUGCAGCAUUGCUUUGGGAGAAGUGGAUUGAUUGCUAUCUCAGUUGCACAGUGGGCAUUCGCCUUUGGUGGUAUGGUGGCCUUUUGUAUCAUUGUCGGGGAUACAAUUCCACAUGUUCUCAGUGCCCUCUUUCCAUCACUUCGGGAAAUGACUUUUCUGUGGUUGCUGACCGACCGUCGCGCUGUGAUUGUGCUGUUUGUCCUCGGCGUUUCCUACCCCCUGUCUUUGUACAGAGACAUUGCCAAGUUGGCCAAAGCAUCCGCAUUGGCGUUGAUCAGUAUGGUCAUCAUCGUUAUCACUGUCAUCACACAAGGCUUUCGCGUUCCAGCAGAGUCACGAGGAGAUAUCAGGGGUCACUUGAUUAUAGACUCCGGGUUUUUUCAGGCAGUGGGCGUGAUUUCGUUUGCUUUUGUCUGCCACCACAACAGCUUGCUGAUAUACGGGUCGCUGAAAAAGCCAACCCUCGAUCGAUUCGCAACCGUAACGCAUUAUUCAACAGGGGUGUCACUGAUCAUGUGUCUGGCGAUGGGUAUAGCAGGAUUCCUGUCUUUCGGUUCAAAGACGCAGGGAAACGUGCUCAACAACUUUCCAUCGAAUAAUAUCAUGGUCAACAUUGCCCGAUUCUGCUUUGGUCUGAAUAUGUUGACCACUCUCCCCCUCGAGGCUUUCGUCUGCCGCUCGGUCAUGACGACCUACUACUUUCCGGACGAACCCUUCAACCCACAUCGGCACCUGAUAUUUACCACCGCUUUGAUUUUGACAUCGAUGGCCAUGGCAUUGAUUACGUGCGACCUUGGCAGUGUCUUUGAACUGAUUGGCGCUACUAGCGCAGCGGCUCUUGCGUACAUCUUUCCUCCCCUGUGCUAUAUCAAACUCAGCAGCGCCUCGUGGCGAGAGAAAGUCCCGGCCUAUGCAUGCGUCACUUUUGGACUCGUCGUCAUGGGUGUCAGUGUGGUACAAGCAACCGCUAAAUUAAUCCGGAAUGAUGUUGAAGGUGGAUCAUGUAGUGCUUAG